AUGAAGAAAGCACCUAGUAUCCUAAAGACUAUUAAUUCACCGUUGCCAACAAGCUUAGUAGGUGAAUGCAAAAAGGCGGCAAAAAUCCUGAACUCCUUUAUUGAUCCUGGACAAGGAUUGGAUAAGAUUAUACCUAAUUCUAUUCUGGAAAAAGCACAAGGUCUAGCUAUUUUUACAGUCUUGAAAGCAGGCUUUCUGUUUUCAGGGAGAGUUGGUAGUGGUUUAGUUGUUGCAAGACUUCCAGAUAAUUCGUGGUCAGCUCCGUCGGCUAUAGUAACAGGCGGCAUGGGUGCAGGCGGUCAAAUUGGUGCUGAAUUGACCGACUUCAUCCUUGUUUUGAAUAAUAAGGAAGCUGUCAAGACGUUUAGCCAUUUUGGAAAUAUUACACUAGGGACCAAUGUGUCCAUCGCUGCUGGGCCCAUUGGAAGAAACGCAGAGGCAUCGGGUUCGGCCACACUGAAGCACAUUGCAGCCAUUUACUCAUAUAGCAAAACGCGUGGACUAUUUGCAGGAGUUUCGUUAGAGGGUUCUGUUAUUAUUACGCGAAAUGAUGCGAAUGAAAAAUUGUACGGAGAACGAUAUACAGCUAAAGAACUUCUAAACGGUACAGUGCCACCACCGCGUGAAGCCGAUGUUUUGUAUCGUGCUUUGAAUGCCAAAUUCCCGACUGCACCACCACCUACUUCGACACUGCAUUCAUACCAGCAACCGUCAAGUCCUAUACCUUCUUCGACAAAGGCACAAGAGGCGGGAUUCGACGCACCUCAUAAUGCUUUACACUUCAAUAAUGAUAAUAAGAAUACCACUUACAGUACAAAUACUUACAAUAACGAUACAGUUACAAAUGUUGCUAAUACUAAUAGUACGUACAAUCACUACAAUUCCCAUUCAUCACCGCACGGUCUUCCCCCAGCAUACGACGGCCAGCAGAUAAACUUUGCGCAGGAAAUCAAAAGAACAGUCCCUCCACCACCUCCCAGUCAAACUUUAAAACCUAUCAGGGCAAGAACUUUAUACGAUUAUACCAGUGAGCAACCAGGUGAUUUAAGUUUUAAAGCUGGAGAUAUUAUCAUUGUGGUUGAGAAAACAGAUAGUCAGAAUGACUGGUGGACGGGCAAAUUAAAUGGGAGAACAGGAGCCUUUCCGUCCAAUUAUGUAGAGUUGAUGAAUUAG